ACUAGCCGCUACCAUCCCCAUAUGCCCCGAGCUUUCAGAUUCUAAUGCACGUAUUUCCUCCAAACACAUGAGGUCGCUAUCGCUCUACUCCCUCGCGUCUUCCUUUGGUUUUCUUUUAUUUCGGCUCCAACCUGCGCUGGCCACGUCACGCACCCUCUUUGCUCCUGGAAGUGACGUUUGACUAUCAGCCAAUCGGUGUUGGCCGUGUGCUGCCGGCUAGCAAUGCCUGACUGCUGGCCGGAAUUGGAGCUGGGCUGCUGGCGGUAGGAUCCUUUGCAAUGUCUGUGCUGUGCGCCGUGGCCUGGCGCCUCUUGCAUUUGUUGCUAUGGGCCCAGCGUGUGGUGUUUACUUGGUUUCGCUCAUUGAGCUGGAGUUUUGUCUUCCCGAAACUUGCAGAUUUGAGAUUAGGAAAGGCCGGACAUUUCCAGGGUGACUGUGGGUAUCUUACCAAGCAAUGUGACUGCGCGGACCUAAGACACCGAUGUAACUUGAAAUACCUCACCCAGCAGCGGAGCCGAAACUGGAGGGCGGACGGGUGCAGGCUGGGCAAGCUGCCUGUGCAUAUGGCAGUGCUUAUGGGCGAGGAAGUCCAGAGUUAUACUGAUCUGGCCAACCUGGUUGUAUGGUGCAUGGCAGUGGGGAUCUCUUAUGUCAGCGUCUAUGAUAAUCAAGGUAUCUUCAAAGAAAAUAGUUCCAGGCUCAUGGAUGAAGUGUUAAAGCAACAGAAAGAACUUCUGGGUCAUGACUAUUCAAAGUAUCCAUUAGAGCAUGGGAAUGGCACCACAGAUAGAGCUGACAGAGCUCUGAUUCAUAUGCCGUUCAAGGUGCUAGCCCCAGAAGAUGGGAAGAUGCAAAUUGUAAAAGCAGCUCAGAAUUUCUGCCAAUUGGUAGCACAAGAAAGGAGGAAGCCAAUAGAGAUGGAUGUGAAUGCAUUAGACCAUUUGUUAAGAACUACACAGACUUUUCCUGAUCCAGAUUUAAUAUUAAAAUUUGGUUCUGUAGACAGCACAUUAGGAUUUCUGCCUUGGCACAUCAGACUUUCUGAAAUCAUUUCUUUGCCAUCACAUGUGAAUAUCCGCUAUGAAGACUUUUAUUCAGCUCUCAGUUGUUAUGCGGGCUGUGAACAGCGGCUUGGAAAAUAAGUUGGCCUUUGGUGAGCCAAUACAGGCUGUUUCAGAAAAGUGACUCAACAAUGCUGUUUACAGGCUGUCAGUACAGACCAACUGGCUCUCUGGUGCCGACUCCCAGUUUUGCUUUUCUUUAAUUUAAUGGUUAAUGUUCCUUAUUGUGUUUUACAAAUGCACUGAUGGAUAUCUGUCAUCAACCAUUUCUGUGAGGAAUGGACAAGAAACCAAAUAAACUGAAUAAAUGAGAAUGGGAAGCUUAUUUGGAAGAAGACUGCAGUGUAGAACAAGGAAUCCUGCCUCGAUGAAUACAGUAACGGUUGCAUCCUGAUAGUCUGUAGGUAACAAGUACCAAGGAAAGCUUCAUAAGACUUUCCAAAUUCCUUCCAAAUAUCUUUGCAAAAAACCAAUGGCACUUAACGAGCAAAAUGGCUACAUACUAACUCUAAGUAAAAGUUUCUUAAAUCAAAGCAUUCUUAAAUUAACAGGUUAUCUAGCUAUAUUUGUACUGCAGCUAGUGGUGAACAAACAUGUGCUGUGAAGUGUUCAUAUACACAGGCAAUGUAUACAAUUCAGAUGGUUGUUUCAAAUCCCUUACAAAAAGCAUGGAUCAAAUGCUGAAAUAUUGACAUUGAGAAAAGGCGAAACUUGGAAUGUAUAUUUGUAUAAUUUGGAACUGCAGAAUCGGUAUUGCUAGAUUAUGGCUUUAUGUGUCAGAACUCUCUUUAAUUGUUUUAAAGGGACAAUAUACUUGUAUCAAAACUCAUUGUGUGGCUAUUAAUUUGUUAGGAGGAUUCAUUUGGCAAAUAGGGUAAUUGCUGCUGUACAAAUGUAUCUGCAUCGUUACUGGUCCAAUUGGUAACGUUCUAAUUUUGCAUAUGUUUAAGAGGUUUUUGCCAAAAUCUUGGUUUUGUAGGCUGUGGACUUUGUUGUGAAAUUGCGAGGAAGCAUAAAAUUCAGCAUCAAUGCCUAUUGCAUAUAUGUAGAUCAAAAAGAAUGUUGAAAAUGGAAAAUUUACAGCACUCCUUUUCAGGUCCUUAAAAGCUAGUGCUGUAGAUUUUACAGUGUUCAGCAGGCAAACAGUUAAUGGCCAGUUUUAUAAGUUUAGGUACUGAGUGUAAAUUCUAGCAAUCAAGAACCGUCAGUAGUUGCUGAUUCCCUUCUGUGUAUGCUAAUUUCUUUUUAAGAGCAUCUUGCACUAAUAUUAAAAGAAGAGAUUUUAUGUAA